AUGGUAAUGAAUAUAGAUGUGAUAGAGCCUUUGGAUAGAAUAAGAAUUUCUUCAAAUGAGAUUAAGAAUAACAAGAUAUCUGCCAUUUACAAACAUAGUGUGGACCAAGCGAAUGAGCAACAGCAGCUUUUUGUUGGAUUGACUAAUGGAGAUUUACUAAUAUAUAAUGCUGUUAAAGACACAUUUUUGGAGGAAUCGGGCCAAGUAUCACUGGCUGAUACAAGAACAAUACUGGUCUCAAGCGCUAUUUCAAUAUCAACACACUCGUCAUAUCAGGAUAUUAAGCGAUUGUUUCGUGGUCAUGAGAAUCGUAGCUACAAACUAGCCAAUAUGUUUAGUAAUAUAACUAAGGAUGGGUCGAGUAUCAACAAAAUUGAAUCAUUGCCUAUAUCCCCUACAAAAUUGAUUAUACUUAUAACGACAUUAAAUUCCCUCGAGAUAUUUGAAAUUGUGGGGAAUCACAUAAAUCAGAUAUACCAUGUUCCUGAUAGUAAGAACUCAUUGAGUUUUUAUGUCCUUUAUAAUGAUCGGAGACUAUUUUUUGUGGGGACAAAGAAAAAGUUAACUAUAUUUCAAAUCAUUAAUAAAUCCAGAAACAUAUUUCAGUUUAAUAAAUUGAAGGAAGUUGUGAUGAAAGACAAAAUACGAUCAAUAGACAAGUUUGAUGAGGAUUCGAUAAUCAUUGGUCUUGUAAAUAACUAUGUGAUUUGUGAAUUUGCUGACUUUGGUGUGUCUUCGUUGGCAAUUGAAAAAAACGAUAAUAUGCUUAGUCAAGGAACCUCUUUCAGCUACUUUGGUUUGUCGUCAUCCACUCCGGUGAUGUGGACGAUACAAAUAAGUGAUGAUCUAUUUUUGUUGGUGAAGGAUACGCAAAUUGUUAAAAUUGAUAGACGAAAUGGACCAAGCAUGAUUUUGUCAUCAAUCAAACUAUCUGGAAUCCCCAUUGAAGUUUUAUUUAUUUAUCCGAUUUAUUUAUUUGUUGUGUAUCCUAAGAAGAUAGAAAUUGUGGAUGUUACAAGUGGAGAUUUAAUUCAAAAGUUAGGUCAUAGCAUAAACUCUGGUCAUUCCAGCAUUAUUUUAACGAAUUCAGUAAUCAGCAUAGCUUCUGGAGCUGACAUAUUACAAUUCAAUAUCUUGCCAUUCCAAGCUCAGAUAGAUCAAUUUUUGAGUAUUUCAGGUAAGGGAACACUUGGGAAUAUCAAGGAUCCUCGCAAUGACUUGAAAUAUAUGGGGAUUGAAAAAGCCAUAACUCUUGUUUCCAAUAUUGAUGACGCUAAUUCUUUGUUCAAUGAUGCGAAAAAUAAAUUGAUGAAAUUAAGGUAUUUGUACUCUUUGAAAGCAACGUUGUUAUUUGAAUCGUACUCGAAAUAUCAUGAGGCUUUGGUGGAUAUAUCUUCAGAAUGGCUAGUCUCUUUUGCUGAUGUAUUAAACUUGUUUCCAGCAUUUAUUAAUGGCCAACUAAGAUCAAAAGAUGUAACUAGCGAUGGAAAUGAAAAUAAAAAGAAUUCUUCUUUGAAUGUAAUCAAGCGUAUUACAGUUGAAGAACUCGAACUCAAUAACUAUUCAGAAUCAGAAUAUGAUACCGAUAACACGACAAAAAAAGGUAUGGCGUUGAAGCAACCACAUGGACAAUCAGUAAAAGCUCAAAAUAUCAGAAAAUUCAUUAAAGCUGUAAAUAACUUGAUAAUAUAUCUUACUGAUCAACGACGGAUUUUGUCAACCUUCAUGGACAAAGACGUUUUAACUUGGAAAAAUAUUGAAAUUAAUCCAAGUGAUAUUUAUCCUGAAUUUGAUGGUAAUUUAGAGACAGUGGCUACUGUGAUUGACACAUCAUUAUUCUUGUGUUAUUUUUAUUGCAAGCCGAUGUUGUUGGGUCCAUUAUUAAGAUUACCAAAUAAUUACUGUGAUUCCAAAAUAGUGAAUGAGUGUUUAUUGAGCAAUAUCCAUAACCAUGUUCAACAACGCAACUCCAAACAGCCUAAUUUUAUCAAGGAAUUGCUUGAUUUUUAUUAUACAAGAAGCUUACAUGAAGAAGCCUUGGAAAUGUUGUACAAAUUGGCUCAUGAUGAAGGUACGAUUGAGCACUCAAACGAAGAUGACAAUAAAUUUGAUGAUUUUAUAAAAGGACCUGAUUUGACUAUCCAGUAUUUACGAAAAUUGACGGACGACAAUUUGUAUUUGGUAUUGAAAUAUUCAAGUUGGGUGAUUGACCAAGACAAAAACGCUGCCCGCCCAAUUUUCAUGAAUGACUCGUAUGAAUGUGAAAGCUACGAUAACACUAAAGUAUUACAAUUUCUAUGCAAAAAGGAUCAAGAUUUGGGAAUUAUGUAUUUGGAGUGGUUACUUUUUGCUAGUGAUAUUUCUGAGAGUUUGAAAAAAUCAAAAUUGUACCUGCAACUUGAGACAAAGUUGUGUUUAUUGUAUUUGAAGCAAUUGAAGAGUGGGAAGCAUCAAAACGAUUAUUACAAUAAAUUAUUAGAGAUUUUAAAAACAUCUCAAACUUUUGAACCAUGGCUGAUUUUGAAGGAAAUGCCAACCACUCAAGAUAAGUUUUUAAGAUUGACUAUUUACAUAUACAAGAAGUUGGGGGAGCAUGAAAAAUCGAUUGAUGUUUUAUUUAACCAAUUGAAUGAUUUGGACGCUGCAAUGGAAUACUGUCUCGAGAUAUAUAACAGACAACAGAGCUCGUCUUUGGGAUCGAGUUUAUUUUAUAAACUAUUAGAGGACUUGUUGAUGAAUUAUCAUGAAAACUGUGAAUUAAUCGUGAGAUUAUUAUCAGAACACGGUGCCAAGAUUCCAAUCUUAAAGACAUUAUCUGUGCUACCCAGGUCGUUUCCAAUGCAUAAGCUAAAGACAUUUUUCACAAUAGAAAUUAAAAACACCGAUGAACAAGUCAAAGAUAGCCAUUUGGUGUCACAAUUAUACAAGGUUGGGUCAACUAAUCUACAGUAUAAAGUAAUGACUCUUCAGAAUGAGGGAUAUAAAAUUGGUUCUAGUAAACAACCUUGUGCAAUAUGUAACAAACGAUUGGGAUACAGUGUUUUCACAAUAACCAAAGACCAUGAAGUAGUUCACUAUGGAUGUGCUCAAAGUCGAAAAAAAUAA